UAUAAAUAACUUCAUGUGACAUGACGUGACUCUUUUACGAGGAAAUUAAAUAGGAAACUUGUUCAGGAAAUUAAUUUGCAAAGAUGAGUGAAAGUGGCGGAGGAAACGCCGGGCAAGUGGAGCCGGCAAACAAUGGUCAAGUUGCACAAGAAGCUGGGGCCGAUAACGCAGCCGCAGCUAGACAACCAUCAAAAUGGGAAUCUUUCAUGGCUAUGGCCAAAUCACUAUUGCUGCGUGCCAUGAUCAUUUAUUUUGUCACAAGUUUUUUCCGCAAACCAGCAGCCCCUCAAAAUACAACUGGAACUGGACCUGUUCAAUCACAAGUUCUUGCACAAAACAUAUUUGCAAAUGGUACAGAAUAUUCCCUUCAUGUGUAUAUAUCUGAGGAGGAAGAAUUCAUGGAUUUCAAUCCGAGUAAACUUUUCUGGUUGCAAGAGGGUUUGGUUUAUGGUGAUUGGUAUGGAGGCCCACUUAAGGAUGGUACAUUCUCUCAUGAAAAGGAUAUCCCAAUUACUGAUCACUUACAAAAUAAUGGUUCUCUUUAUUUGCAUUGCUAUGUAACUAAGUUUGGUGAGAGCCCUGACCCAAAAUCUAAAAUCUUUGGAAAAACACAUAUUUCAUUCACAUCGAAGGCUAUAAACAGGUACAAAAAAAUAAAAGCGAGUGGCAGAAAGAAUUUAUUAACUGGUGAAAGUGAAGGACCUGGAUUAGAGGAAGGAAAAAUCAUUUCCCAUUGGCAUCCAAAUUUAACAAUCAAUAUUGUCACUGACUACACGCAAUGGAAUUAUGGAAACGUCCCACCACCAUUAAACGAAUAUGUUAAAUUUAUAAACGACGGCAAAAUGUAUAAGCCCGUAGUUUUCUUGAAUGAUUAUUGGAAUAUGGCUAAGGAUUACAAACCUUUAAAUGAAACGUUGUCAUUGCAAUUAACUUUACAACCACUUAGUUUGUUUAAAUGGCAAAUAUACGCUGCCCAGAAAAUGAAGAAACAGUUCAAUUUCUUUGGUGACACCGAGACGGAAGACAGCGAUGAAGAACAAGACACUUUGAAGGAAACUCUGUUGGAAACCAAUCCCUAUUUAUUGGGUGUAACUUUCGUCGUGUCAAUUUUGCAUUCCAUUUUUGAAUUGCUGGCAUUCAAAAACGACAUUCAGUUUUGGAAUAAUAGAAAUACCUUGGAAGGAUUGUCUGUUAGAUCAGUAUUCUUUGGGGUUUUCCAAUCAUUGAUCGUAUUAUUGUACGUGUUGGAUAACGAUACAAAUACUGUGGUUAAAAUCAGUUGCUUUGUGGGAUUAUGCAUUGAGCUUUGGAAGAUACAGAAAGUUAUCGAUAUCAAAUUUCAGAAUGGUAGGCUGUCAUUUAAAGACAAAGGCUCGUACGUUGAAAGUUCUACCAGGCAAUACGACGAGUUGGCCUUCAAAUAUCUAUCCUGGAUCUGUUUCCCAUUGCUUGCCUGCUACAGUGGAUACGCAUUAUUUUACAUGGAACACAAGGGGUGGUAUUCCUUCGUGUUGAGUCUGUUUUACGGAUACUUGUUAACCUUCGGAUUCAUCAUGAUGACCCCACAAUUAUUCAUUAACUACAAAUUGAAGUCUGUUGCACAUUUACCAUGGAGAAUGUUAACAUACAAAUUUUUGAAUACUUUCAUUGAUGAUAUGUUCGCUUUCGUGAUCAAAAUGCCGACGAUGUACAGAAUUGGAUGCUUCAGAGAUGACAUCAUAUUCUUGGUGUUCUUGUACCAGCGUUGGAUGUACCGAGUUGAUAAGACUAGGAUGAACGAGUUCGGAUUUGCCGCAGAACCCGUAAACGCCGUUGAAAACACCCAACAACAGAUUGAAGCAAAACCUGUUGAAGGAGAAAAAGAAACAACCGCAAAUGAGAAUAUAGAAGAAAAUAAGAAGACUAAAUAAAUGUUAUUAUUAGUUUAAUUAUACAUUACUAGAAACUAUAUCAAAUGAUUUUAAGAAAUCUUCCAUAAUUAAUUUUACAAUUUUGUUUUAAGUUGGUGAUUUCGAAUUGUUUAAUCACAACCGUUGUUGUAUUUAUUGAAUAACUGUGUAAUACGUAUACUGCGCAAUUAUUACAUAAGUUUUUCUUUUU